AUUUCGAGUUCCACCCUUUUAAAAUAAAACAGUUAAUUAAUUUUUUUCCGGUGUGCUCGUCUUGAACCUUUAGCAUUGAAACACCGAAUGGAGAAUAGAACGGUGAUUUGAACAACCGUAAUGUUGGCUAGGAUUAUCUCUUUGUAAUCGAUAUUAAAUAUUAUUAUCUAAAAUGGCUGUUUCUAUGAGGCCGUGAGGAUUCGGUGUGUUUACAUUAUUAAGUGACAUAUAAUAGGGCGUUAUUAAGUUGCUUGACAUCAAUUUUACAAUGUCAUGUCUCUCCAGUGGAAGUUUCGGUGUUGUUUAUUAGAGUUUUUUCCAAUAAAAUGCAACAGAAACAAUGAGACACAUGUGCUCUUGCAAGUGAUAUCAAACAUUCUGUUAUGUUUAUGUAUACUCCAUGUUAAAACAUUAAAUAACGAAAGUUAUGAAAAAACUCAAAGACAGACUGAGUUAGGUAUAGAACACAAAUCAGCUUUUAUUGUUCGCUAGGAUGGGUGAACAAAACAAAUUUUCUGAAUUAAAGUACACUCCUUUUCCUAUUCUGAUUAAAAUAGACUCAGACAACUAUAUAAAUGGUAUGAGUUACCGUCGUAGGUCUUUCAGUUUUACAAAUGGAGUGAACGAGCCUCUAGCCAACUCCUAUCAUAAUAUUUCAAGACAUGAUACCGAAGAACAUGCAUCAACACUUAGAGAAUCAAACUCAGCUAUUACUUCUAGUAUGACAUUUUCUCCUUCUGUUGUAAAACCUCCUUCUCCUGUGCAUAAUUUGCCUCCUCCUCCUCCUCCCUUGAGCUGUGCUCGGACUCUUUCUUUUCAUUCCCUAUUUUGUUCUUGUCAUAUCUCCUGCUGUUGUACAUGUGAUUCUCUUUGCCCUCCUGAUUGUCAUGACUGCAUACGUGCUAUAUGUGUUAAGUUUUCUGGGACUUAUACAUCUCAUCCACUCAAGGAGGUUUUGCAGGCUUCACCUAUUCAUGAUAAACCACUAUCCCAAUGGAGCCCUACAAAUGUCAUUGAUUUAUUGACCAGUCUCAAUCUUUUUCGGUACAUCAAUAUUUUUAAGUCAAGAAAUGUUAAGGGAACAGAUCUUGCAAACAUUGAUAAGGAGACACUUUCUUCUAUGGGAAUUAAGGAUGAAUUUCACCAAAGUGCUAUUCUGUUAUGUAUUGAUGAAUUAAAGACUUUAGAAAAUAAUAAACAUGAUAAACCUCAAGAAUCAACCUCAAAAUCUUCAAGCAAUCACAUGCUUCUGCCUGAUGUUAAUCUUAAAAGAUGCGAAAAAUGUGAAAAGUUUUUACGAUCUGUUCCCAACCGGAGAGAAUAUUUGUUUCAAGUUUUUGGAUUAGCUCUGUGUAUCCAGUUUCAACCCAACGAAUAUGCCGCACCAGUUGUUGUUAUUAAAUGCACUCAAGAAAUUGAACGAUAUGCAAGAAAUAUUCAUACUCUUGAUCUUUUCAAGCUGUAUAGAUGUUCUGUUCAUGCUGAUAAAAUAGCGGAAUUACGAGAUGCUAUUAAUGAAGAUUUGUCAAAAAUUGAGUGGAGUAAUUAUGAUCCCAAUGUUUUGGCUACAUUAUUAAAAAAGUUUUUAAUUGAGUUACCUGAUCCAAUAAUUCCAGUCCAAUGGUAUGACAGGUUUCUGGAGGCAUCUCGUAUAAGGAAUGAUGAACAAUGCGGAGCAUUUUUGUGUCAUCUGGUUCAAGAACUUCCUAUACAUCACAGAUCAACAUUAACUUUUUUAAUGGCACAUUUAUGUCGGAUUUGUAAAAUGCAGUAUGCCCGUGGCUUUCGAGAACCUCCCAUAUCACUUGUUCAAGUUUUGUGUCAUAUCUUUCUUCGCCCACCAUGGGAAAGAAUAAUACAAGUGGUGUAUAAUACAGAAUCUCACAUGCGAAUUAUGGAAUUGCUCCUCAUUCAUGGAGAAUGGGGAGAGUCUCUUCCUGAUUUCUGUGUUGUUCCAUCUCUUCCCCCACGAAAAUUUUCUAAUGCAAGGACGAGUGCAACACCCCAUCCGAUUGAACAGGUAUCCAUUUCUUCACACAGUUCUUCUGAAAAUUCUCUUUCCUUGCAAGAUGCUGAGUGGUAUUGGGGUGAUAUUACCAGGAAUGAAGUUAAUGAAAAACUUAUGGAUGCACCUGACGGAACUUUUCUUGUUCGUAAUGCCUCCAGUAAAGCUGGUGAAUAUACGUUGACUUUAAGAAAAGGUGGCAGCAACAAACUUAUAAAAAUCUCUCACCGCACUGGAAAAUAUGGUUUUACAGAACCUUACAAAUUCAAUACAGUAGUAGAAUUAGUGAAUUUUUACAAAGGUGUUUCACUUUCUCAAUACAAUAGAACAUUAGAUAUAAAACUUCUGUAUCCAGUCUCAAGAUUUCAGCAGGAGGAAGAGAUUUCAAACAAUAAUGAUUUAGACAAAGUUGGAGCUAAACUAGUAGAAUUAAAUGAAGAAUACUAUAGCAAGACUAAAACUUAUGAUGAUUAUUUUGAAGAUUUUACUACCACAUCUAAGGAAAUUCAACUAAAGAGGCAGGCACUUGACGCUUUUAAAGAAACUGUUGCUAUGUUUGAAGAACAAAUUAAAAUUCAGGAAAAGUACAAAAUUGAAGCGCAGCCACAUGAAAUUAAAAGUUUUAAUGAAAAUUCUGAGAUUUUGAAUCAAAGACUUCAUUCCUUGAAAGAAAGUAAAUUACAAUUAGAGGAAAAUUUGAAGCAACAAGUAGCAUAUAAUAGAACUAUUGAAAGAGAGAUGCAUAGAUUGAAACCUGAAGUUAUUGAACUAUUUAAGCAAAUUGAGAAACAUAAAGCAUGGCUCCUUUCUCGUGGUAUAAAAAUGCAAAGUAUUAAACAGUUGUUAAAUGGUGGCUCCGGUAUUUGUGAACAAGAAACAGAAUGCCCUCAUAAUGAUGAAUCUUCUUGGUUACUUAAAGAAUGUUCUAGAAGCAAAGCUGAACAACUUCUCACUGCUACUAAAGAUGGAACCUUUUUAGUAAGACCUAGUAGGACUGGCCAGUAUGCUUUAUCAAUUACAUGUAAUGGUACUGUGAAUCAUUGUAUUAUUUAUGAAACUGAGCGAGGUUAUGGUUUUGCUGAGCCAUACAAUAUUUACGAAUCUUUAAAAGCACUUGUGCUACAUUAUUAUCAGAAUUCUCUCGAAGAACAUAAUGAUUCACUUAAUACUACUUUAGCUUAUCCUGUAUUUGCUGAUAAUGCAAAAAGAGAAAGUACUGAAGAAAAGCAAGUUUCCAGUGGAAAUCAUAUUAAAAGUUUCAGUUCGAUAUGUUGAAGCUAAUUCAAAGGGAAGUAGAAUCUAAUUAUUCAGAUCUCUUUUUUUUUUUUAAAUAAGUUUUGGAAAUAGUUAUGUGCGGUACCUGUAAAAUCAAACUUUUUUCAGUGUUGUUUAAAUUAGACUAUUGCACUUACAAUGUAACUUUUUAAAUAUGUGAUAGGACGUUAUAAGUCCAUUAUGUGAUAGAAUGUCUCAGUGAAAAACUAUUUGUUAAAUGUUAGAUACCCAAGUUUAUAUGGCUGUAAGAAUGAAUGUAUGUUUGUUUUCUUUAAGUAUCUGUUAAUAAAUUGUUUUGUUUGCCUAUUUAAAAUAGAAUAUUUUAAAAAAUCGAUUGAUUAUAUGUCAAAUGUGUAUUGAACUCUUUUUUGGAUGUUAUAAACUUUAAUGUUAUUUUUUUAACUGUCUAAAUAAAUGAUUUUUAUUCUCACAUAUGAAAAAAAAACUUUACAAUUAUUAUUAUAUGUACUGUAUAAUUUAUAACAUAAUAUUAUAUGUACAUGUGUGUGCAGCAAAAUGGAACAUACAAUUUUGAAGACAUAUUUAACUUUUUUAAAUAUAAAAUAUUUAUAUUACAGUCAUAUUUAUUUAAAUUAUUGCUUUAUUGAUUUAUAUUUGCCUUUUGCUUUUUAUCAAAGAAAUAUAAAGUUAAUUUACAUAAAAAGUUCUCCAUAAUAAUUGUAUGGAAAUAUUCACUAACCGUUUUCACUAGGGCCUAUUUAAAACUGCCCAUUAAGAGAGGAGGGAAGUGGUGUGCAGUGCACAGAGAUAUUCUUUUAGGGAGUUCACUUUUUUUUUUAUAAAUGCUUCAUUUUCUCGAGGUUUUAGAUUGUUCUAAAUCAAUUUCUUUUAAUGUUGUAGCAUCAUGUCUUUAGAGCUUCUCCAAUUAGUAGGAUCUUAGUGAGCCUCUUCCUACUUCAUUCUAGUCAUUUGUCUCUAAAUUCCUUUAUUCUCCUAUCAAGUUCCUUCUGUACUUCUGUUUUCACUAGUUUUUGUUACUCAUAUUUUUUUUUCUUUAUUUUCUUCCUGAAAAUAUAAACAUGUUUUCCUGAAUAUGAAAGAAUUGUUGCCUAAAUAUAUCGAGUUGCUAUGUACACAGCAUACUAUACAUCUUAUUUAGGCUGUUUGAACAUAAAGAUUAGUUGUAAGUACAUUUUUAUCUUCGUAUCCGUUUACUGAUUACAUUACUAUUUUUUUUUUCAAACAAAUAAUUACUGAUGUAUAAAUAACAUCAUACUGUAUGUACAAAUUUUCCCCUAUUCAAUUUUCUUCUAAAUCAUCAAUCAUCUUGCGUGUGGUUUUGGUUGGUUCUCUAGAAGUCAAGCAUUACAUUUUCAGCAAAUAAUGCUUCAUCCUUAAUAUUGACAUCAAAUACCAAGUACCCAUUUCCUAUAUUUAUGGUUAAUUUCCUUAUUUCAAUCUUUUAUCUUAUAUCUUUGUUUCUUGAAGGGGAGAAUGUUACAUCUCUCACUGGUAUACCCACACAUGUGCAUAUAUAGUAUAUCUGAUUUGAAACUAAAUGAAAUAAAUAUUUAUAAAUGUUAACUAAAGAUUUAUUAUAAUUUAAUUGCUUCUGUUUUGAUUUCCUUUAUCUUUUUUUUUCAUAUCAUAUAUUAAAAGACUACCAUUCUGUAUGUGAGCUAUAAAAAAUACUAUUCUCAUUUUUUAUUUUUUUUUAUUUAUAUUUUAAACUUUUAUUAUUUGUAUUUCUUUUCUAUUUUAUAAUGAUUUAUACUAUAUUAUUAUUUACUGUUGAUUGAAUUUUAUUAUCAAUUAACUUUUAAUUUAUAUGCCUGUAAUUGUGUGGAAACUUACAAGAUAUAUUUACUUAAGCUCUUCAGCCAUGAAAGAUUCUUGACUGAAAAGCCAUUAAAUUGAUGUCAUGCAGCUAGUUUACUUGAUUAGUGGUUAGAUUUCCCAUUACAUAUUAACAUGCUUUUAUUUAAUUCUAAAUAAGGAUAAUAUUAAUGUGGAUAUACAUACAUAUAUUUUUAAUAACAACGUUUGUAUUGUUUUCACAUACAUAUAGUUAUAGUAUAUUUGAUUCUGUACUGAUAUGAUUAUGCAGGGUACUCUUCAAUGAAUGUAUAGGGAGGCUGGGUGCCUAUAAGAAUGGUAUUCCAUGUAUCCAAGAACUUUUAAUUUUUAAUUUAUAGGUUAGUAAGUUUUGAUUGAGUUUUUCAUUAAUGCUUUGAUAGAUUAGUUGUUUUCUAAACCAGUGUUUUCUUGGUUAGGAAAAUCAGAUUUUUUAUAUCUAUGAUUUUAGAUUUAGAUCUUGUUUUAUAACCUUGAAGAUUAGUCAAUGAGUUGGUGCCAUAUUUACUCACUUUUGAUUAGACUGUCUUACCUGUCAAUUCAUUUAUAAUAAUGUAUGAAUAUUUGAAUAAAUGCUCAGGCCUAACUAUUUUCUUCUUUUUUUUUUUUAAUAUAAACAUAGAAAAUUUAUGAUUUAGUUAUUUGUAUUUGAAUUCAACUAUUAAAUAGAAAUAAUGUUUAUGAAAAUACAGAUACACCCGCACACACAGGCCAUAUUUGACUUUAGAAAAAUAUUCCUCUCUUCUCAAAGUCCUUUAUUGUACCCUGGCCAUAUUUCAGGACAGACUAUUUUCUUUGUAAUACUCCACCGACUUAAUAGGUUAGUUAAUUGAUUUAACUUUAAACAUUUACAUUGAAUUUUUAAAAAAACUUUUCCACUGCAUCACCCCUUCACUGUGAUUUACCAUCUUAUCUUCCAAUUAAAAUUGUUGUUUUUAUUAGAACUGUUGUAUUCAGUUGAACACAGUCUUUAUUAUUGUUCUUCAUGAUUCUAAUUUUUUAAAAUUUAUUUGGAAUCCAUUUUUGUUCCUUUUAAAUAUUUCUCUUUAUCAAACUAACAAGGAAAUUUUUUAGUGAGUUACUAUUAUAAAAAUUUAUAAAGCUUAGAUCUUUUAUUUUUUAUUUAGGGAAUAAUUUCACAUUAAACAUAUUUAAAUUAAACAUCAAUAUAUUGAAAAUUCAGAAUAUUUACUGUUAAUUUUAUUUUUUAUUUUUAUUACAUAUUAUAUAUAUAUAUAUAUAUAUA